AUGAUUGCAUUUACCCCUUCUCACCCAGAAGGUGGUAGUGGGCUCAACCGAAAAAACGGCAACUUCUCCAAGAAGAACCCCUUCCAGAAUUCAUCUUCAAAGAACUUUGUGAGGAAGCCGACAUCGUCUUCAAGCGCACUGGAGGGAUCAACGCACGCCAGUAAUUCCAGUGGUGUAACACUAUCACCUGAAGAAUUGGCUUUGGACCCUGUUAUAGGCGGGUUCCAAUUCGAUGCUUCGAAAUUUCAACGUGUGGAACAUGCAACAAGAAAGUUACCAAAGUUUCUUCUUUAUCAAUCCUCUGUGCUGACGGACGAUCACUCUUUCCAGGAUCAAUGGGAUAGGGAAAACCAGUCCAAAAUGGCGCUCUUAGAGAGUAAGGCAUCUGAUCCUUCCUCUCUCUUUGAAGAGUUUCAACAAUUAAGAAACGCUGAGAGGAAAUAUAUGGAAGAGAAGGGACUUGUGGACAAAGAAGGUACCAGAAAACUUUUAGACCAGGCGAUUUCAUUUAGAGGUUCGUGCCAUGAUAUGUGUCCUGUAUACGAAAGAAUACGAAGAUCUGUGGAGAACGACGUUAGAAAAUACGAAAGGGAUCCAUCAACUGGUAAGAUAUCAAAAAGCCGUGCAAUAAAGGCAUUCUCAAGACCUGCUGCUGGACAGCCACCACCGCUACCCUCAGAUGUGAGACCUCCACAGGUGCUUUUGUCAACAUUGGACUAUUUGAUCGAUAAUGUAUUACAAGAAUUGCCAGAGGCACAAUCUUUUAUAUGGGAUAGAACGAGAUCAAUACGUCAAGAUUUCACCUAUCAAAAUUAUUUCGGUCCAGAAGCUGUUGAAUGCCAUGAAAAGAUUGUCAGAAUCCAUAUAAUCACUCUACAUGUUAUGGCUAAAACGUCAUUUGAAUUCUCAAGACAACAAGAGUUAGAACAGAUGAAUAAAGCGUUGAAAACGUUGUCUGAGAUGUACUCUGAAUAUAGAUCAAGAGGUUUACAAGCACCAAAUGAAGCAGAGUUUAGAGCUUACUACAUGUUGAGUCAGCAUCGUGAUCCUGAACUUGACCGUGAAAUUCAAGAACUACCUAAGGAAAUAUUAGAGGACGAUAAAGUCCAAAUGGCAUUAAACAUUAGAAACUUGAUACAGACUAAUAUUGUUGAAAGGGGAUUUCAAUUUACUGAAAAUGUCUUAGAUCUUUUCAAGACUUUUUUCCACAAUUUUAAGAGAGGUACGUUUCCCUUAUUAAUGACGUAUAUCAUGGAAGUACAUCUCAAUGAAAUCAGAUUUUAUGCAUUUAAGGCCAUUAAGAGAUCUUUGCAUACGAGGGCAAAGCCUUACCCUGUGAAUUUUUUUAUCGAACUACUUGCAUUCAAUGAUGAGUCGGAUUUGAGUGAUUUCUGCAAUUAUUACGGUGUGCAGAUCUCCAUAUUGGAAGGAAAGAAAUAUGUUGACAUUUUCUCAUUGACUCAUAAUUCUCACUUGAUUCCAGAUCAUAGACCCUUUAGACAAUCCUUUUGUACCUGGCAUGACUCCAAGGUGUCCUCGUAUAAGGAUGUUGUCAAUAUUGGCCAAUCAAACUUGGGGUUGACGUUUGGACACAAUUCACGUUCAACAACCGUACCAUCUUUUGGCUCUCAGCAAUCUACAUCUUUUGUAUUCCAAGGUGGAGCACAGAAUGGCAUCCAGUCUGUACCACGGCAAACAUCUUUUGGGAAUGUGAACCAUAAUACAUCGGCAUAUCAAUUCUCAUUUCCAAAUUCAGAGCCAAAAGUUCAAAACCCUACUGAGGAUACAGAGGCCCUGCAAAAACAACAAAGAGAACACGAAAUAACUGCUGAAAAACAGCGUCUUAAACAAGAGGAAGAAAUUAAAGCUAAGGCUCGAGCUGAUGCCAUUGCUGCUGAGAGAGAAUUGGCACGUCAGAAAGUGGAGGAACAAAAAUUAGUGGAGGAAAACCAGCGCCAAUUGAGAUUAGAAAGACAAGAGAGACUGAGACAAGUUGUUAAUACUGUUGCCGAUUCUUUGAGUUCAACGAUCAUUGGGAAAGUUGUUAAAGAAGAAGUUCAAAGUAUUGUUAAGCCACUUGCUGAUGCUCAAGUUCAAACAGAGAGACGUAGAAGAGUGUUAUUAGAGUCCUAUAGUCAAGGACUUUAUGAGGCAUUCAUCAGUGAAUUGAUCUAUUUUGAAACUAUGGAUGUCAUUGCAGAAAACUUUAGAAAUAACAAAUUGAAACAAAAGCUGGUAUGGAAGGUUAUCAAAGUUGCCUCUAAAAUCAAAAAGAAGCAAGAAUUGAAGAAGAGAAGAAGAGAGGAGUUUGUCGUAACCUCAAAGAAUUUUGGUAUUCCACAGGCAUUCAAGAGGAAAAGAGUUCUUUCAGGUGCUGUAACCAGUUCUCUUGUUACAAACAACAAACCAAGUGUUAAACCAGUUGACUUGAGCGGAUUUAACUUUGAAAGAAUGUUGACAAAUCUAAGUCGGUUACCCUUUGAAAAAUAUGAACUGCUUGUGUUCUUUGAAGAGUUUGAAUCUACAACGUCAAAGUUCCUGAGAAGAAAGUUUUGUAUUGGUGAAGAUCUGAAGCACGUUCUCCAUCAGGGUAACGUUGAACUUGAAAUUAUUGGAUCUUGUGAAAUCAACCCUCAUAUUUUUGAAAAUGUAAGUGUGCUUGUCUUCAAUUGUGAUGGUGUUGAAAAGAUCCGUGAACAGAGUUUGAUACUUCGUGAAUUGGUUGAAGGUAUCUCUCUAAAUACAAAUUUCAAAUUCCAAAUUCUCAUUGUUUAUUGGGAAUUUGAAGGUAUCAUAAAGUUCUCCAAAGAAGAUAUAUUGAACGAAUUAGGAAUCCCACCCAACGGUUGUAUUGAAUCUAUUGAACUGGUUAAACUGAACCCAAGCUUGAAUUGUGAACCGAUUCAAAGUAUCAUUGAUUCCAUGGGUCUGAAAAUCGAAUUGAGUGCCAAAGGUGAAUACAAUGAGAAGUACAGGACCCUAAAAGACCUGUGAGUUCAGGCCCUGUCAUCCAUAAAGAUGUCUCUGAGAAAAAAGUUCCGCAAUACCU